CUGGGAACUUGAGAGGCGCAGGUCGGCGUGGAGUGUGGCCGCGUCGCCUCCUCCAGGAGUGGGCGCCAACGCGGGUUCCUGUCCCCAGCCUGGACGGCGACUUCUGUGGCGCCUCUGAACUGGCUCCGGGGUGCGACGGGAGCCCUGCUCAGCGGGAGCUUCUCAGGUACCUGAAUACCAGCUUUGGGUCUGAAGCCCUUGGAACUUUUCUCACUGGACAUAUAUAGCACACAGGUGUUUAGCCCAAGCCUGAGAAUCAUUGGAAUCCUCUGGUGAGACAAUUUGAACUGCGGUGGGAGUUCUGUCUAGGAAGAUGCAUCCUCUGAACAAGUUGAUGGCCGUCUUAAAACCUCCAAACCUGGCUCCUCAUGAACAGAGUGAGGUCCUGAGAGCAGAUGUGUCUUGGCAGCAGGAAACCAUCCCGGUGAGGGAGACAGAGGACUCUGAGGCCUCUCGUCAGAAGUUCAGACAUUUCCGGUGUUUGGAAGUAUCUGGGCCUUAUGAAGCCCUGAGCCAACUCUGGGAGCUCUGCCUUUGUUGGCUGAGACCAGAGAUUCACACAAAGAAGCAGAUCCUGGAGCUCUUGGUGCUGGAGCAGUUCCUGACAGUUCUCCCUGAAGAAGUCAGGACUUGGGUGAAUUUACAGCAUCCGAAGAACAGCAGAGAAGUGGUGAGCCUCAUAGAGGACGUGAUUGAUCUGCUAAAGGAUGAAGGGCGAAGCUGCACGGAGCCUGUUCUCCUCCCGAAGGGGAGCGUCGCGCAAGAGGCGCUGGACGCCGACUCGCCAGCAGGCAGAGGCCAGGAACCGGUGGCGUUCAAGGAGGUGGUUGUGGAGUUCAGCGAGGAGGAGUGGGAGCAGCUGGGCCCCGCGGGGAGGACGCUGUGCAGGGACGUGAUGCUGGAGACCCUCAGGAACCUGAGCUCAUUGCGUAAAGAGCGUCUUCUCUCCAAGCCAGCUGAGAUCUCCGAGUUGCAAAGUCAGACACCAGCCUGCAUGAUGGAGCCAGAAGUCCCAAGGACAGCUGUUUUGGAUAGAGAAACAAUUUCAGAAAAUCAAGAUUUAGUUCCAAAGCAGAGAAUUUCUAGAGAAGAAUCACACUGCAGAGUGAUUAAAACAAGACCAACCGAAAGCGGGCACCCUUCUUUAGAGGCCUGGAAAAGUGAUGAUGGGUCAUAUAGGAACUGGGAACACUGGACUAGAAAUUCGUCACAAGAAGCUCUCAUCCCUGAGGUGGUCGGCACUGAGAAAGGAGACUUUGAAUAUAGUAAAAAUAAGGAAAGUUUUGAUGUUAACUCCAUUAUUGAUACACAACAGGGAGCUCCUGUGAAAAAGGAUUCCCCAAAGUGUGAUCAGCUUAAAACUAACAUAUUUAAUUUAGACUCAGUAGGUGAGCAACAGUCAGAAUAUAAGGAAUGUGGGAAUGCCUUGAGCCUGAGCACAGAUACUCGACACCCAAAGAGUCAUGCCACAGGGAAUUCCUAUGAGUGUUACCAAUGUGGGAAAUCCUUCAGCCGCAGUUCAUCUCUUGUUCGACAUCAGAUCAUUCACACAGGAGAGAAGCCCUAUAAAUGCAGUGAAUGUGGAAAAUUCUUUAAUCGACGUACAAACCUUACUAAGCAUCAAAAAAUUCACACUGAAGCAGAGACCUACAAAGACAAUACACGUGGAAAAGCCUUCUGUAAGCGUGAAGACAGUAGUAAAACUCCGGGACUCCGUUCUGCCGAUAAUCUCUAUGAAUGUGUUAACUGUGGAAAAUCCUUCACCCGGAGCUCCUCGCUUAUUCGACAUCAAAUGAUUCAUACAGGAGAGAAACCAUUCAAAUGUAAGGAGUGCAAGAAAACCUUCACAAGGCGUUCCAACCUUAUUAAACACCAAAAACUUCACACUUGAGAGAAGCCCUGCGACAGGAAGGAUGUGGGACUACCUUCAGUCAGAGUGCAGAACUCAUUCAACGUCCAUGAAUUUAUGCUGCAAGGAAUCCUGUGAAUAUAAUAAAUGAAAUGUUUGUCAGAUUAUUCUUUAAUUGAUAUGACUGAAUUAAUACUGGAGGUAAAUAUGUUUUGGAUAGAAAUCUGAGAGUUUUUCCAGGUUCCAAACGAGGCCAUAAGGAUUUGGAGUUAAACAUAUCACCAUACGAGUGGUUAUCUAUCAUCAUGCCAACAGCUGUCACCAUCAUCAUUCCCUUUUUAAAAAUGGGACCUAUAGCAUACUUAGAGUCUCUUCAUCUAUUGAGGAAGUAGGUAUUAGGGAGGAGCCAAGCAGUAUUCUUGGAGUGUUUAAUAAAACUCAAAGUUCUAGUCCUCCGAAGAAGGUCACAAGAAACCAAGAGCUCAUGAGAAUAUAGAAGGACACUCCUAAGGACUGACUCUGAGUUGAAGGCAGAGACCACAGUGACAACCAGUUACUCCACCCCUGAUGAUAUCCUUGGCUUCCCUGGUGCCGAGUAGGGACUAGAACUGGAAGAAGGUCUUCAGCUGUAAUGGGAGGUGGAUGUGUUAUUAAUCUACCUGUAUUCUCAGUAUCUGCAUCUUUAAAAGUUCUCUUCGGGGUCUGGGCUGGAGAAACAUCCAUAGCCCGGGGGCUGUCAUUUAUCCCCAACAUUGAAAGGUCAGCAGAGUAUCCUAACACUCUUGUACCAGAACCGCCUCUUCUGUAAACUAUGUCGGGAUCCCAAAGCAUUCUUGAACCAAAAUGCUUAUUUUAAUCUGCCCCCAAAGAGUCAUAUUGGAGAUAUUCCCAACGAGUGUUGUUGGUGGCUUUUGUCUGAAUUCAUCCCUUAUCCAAAAGCAGAAAAAUGUAUUCUGGAGUGAGCCCCUGUGAUGAGUUACAAUAAAUGUAAAAGAUUA